AUGGUUCGAGACGUGUUCGAUAAAAAGGCUGUAGCACGCCUUGUUGGCUCCAUGGGCAUCGGCCACGUCAGAUAUCCUACUGCUGGAUCCUCUGCACAUGCAGAGGCACAACCAUUCUACGUCAAUAGUCCCUAUGGCAUCGUCCUCGCGCACAAUGGCAAUCUUACCAAUACUCAUGAACUCAAGCAUUUCCUGGACGCGGAUGCACAUCGACAUAUCAAUACCGAGUCGGAUUCCGAGGUACUAUUGAACAUUUUCGCAAACAAUCUCCAAAAGACGGGCAAGUUUCGUAUCAACGAGGAGGAUAUUUUUACGGCCAUCAAGGACCUAAUGCUCGAAUGCAAAGGAGGCUACGCCUGCGUCGCCAUGCUCGCUGGAUUCGGUAUUAUCGCGUUUAGGGACCCAUGCGGUAUUCGGCCCGUCGGUAUGGCGGUUAGGUCGGUCCCCAAUUCGGACGGCAAAGACUACCUAUUUUCAAGCGAAAGCGUGGUCGCAGAUGCAGCUGGGUUCACACAUUGGGAUGACGUUCGAGCUGGCGAGGCAAUAAUCAUUACGCGCACCACAGUCUCGCGUCGUGUCCUCGUGCCAGACAAGACAUUUGCGCCCGACAUUUUUGAGUGGGUCUACUUUGCUCGACCCGACUCGGUGCUCGACGGUGUGUCUGUAUAUCGGAGCCGAAUGGCUAUGGGCGACUUGCUUGCCGAAGAAGUCCGUCGUGUGCUCGAGAUGAAGCAAAUAGAGGUCGAUGUCGUCAUUCCUGUACCGGAUACGUCGCGCGUCGCAGCGCUCAACUUGGCCCAGAAGCUCGGUCUCCCUUACCGAGAGGGCUUUGUGAAAAACCGAUAUGUCGACCGAACCUUUAUUAUGCCUGGUCAGCAGAUGCGUCGAAAAAAUGUCCGAAGAAAGCUAAACGCAAUGGCUUUGGAGUUUUCUGGCAAGAGCGUGCUCAUUGUCGAUGAUUCGAUUGUCCGCGGGACAACGUCAAAGGAGAUAAUACAAAUGGCCAAGGAUGUGGGCGCUAGAAAAGUCAUUUUUGCUUCGUGUGCUCCCCCGAUCCGGUUUUCAAACGUAUACGGCAUCGAUAUGCCUUCACGCGAGGAAUUAGUCGCGUAUCAUCGUAAUCCGGAUCAGAUCGCCGAAGCCUUGGGAGCCGACCUGGUCAUCUACCAAACGCUGCCCGACCUUGUUCGCUCAGUACAGCAAUUCAAUCCCAAGCUGACACACUUUGAUUGUUCAGUGUUCACUGGGGAAUACGUUACGGGGGAUAUUGACGAAAACUAUCUUCAGCACAUUGAAAGCCUACGCAGCGAAAAGGCAAAGUUGAUCGCGCCCACUCCUGCACCUCCUCAUGGUUCGUAUACCCAGGGUGGCAUGACGAACGGUGUACGCGUGAACAGUGCCAUGACGAGCAACCUUACUGCUGCGAUGCAGAUGCUCGCCGACGAAGAGGCAAUGAAGCGUCGAGAGGCAAUGGCCAGUUGUUCUGGUCCAAUGAAUGGAGCGGAUGACAAUAUCGGUUUGCAUAAUACGUUCAACGUCGGAUCUGUUUGA